AUGAUAACCAAAGAAAUAUCGGCAGAGUCGAAAGUCGUGUCAAGUGCACUAACAGAUGGGCUACUUUGUGCGCUUGGAGUUGAACCGGUUGUCGAACGACUGGGCAGCUUGCUCAUCCGGCGCGCCGCAAUCUGGCGCCGAAGCCGGCCGCGCUGUCUGCAAGGCCGUCGUGCCGCCGGCGCGGGCAGGUCCGGUCUUUCGACUGAAGCCUGUCGGCCCUUGGCCGCAUUCUCUCUGCCGCUCCUCUCCGCCAACUCGACCCGAUCGGCCGCCUGUCCUGCCCGGGACAUGCUCAAGCCAUGCACUCAGCCCGCGCGCAUCCAGACAGGCAGACAGUCAGGCGGACAGUCAGGCGGACAGGCGGUGGACAGGCGGUGGACAGGCGGCGGACAGGAGAGGAGGCCCAGUGGAGCACGCAGGCGAGCGCGCACGCGCGUACACACGCGACGAGACAGCCAAUCACACGUCGGCACUCGCCCAGCCACUUUGACGCACCAGGACCGAACGCAUCGGCACACCGACAGCCGGCUUGCAGUCGCCCGCGCCUGGGUCCCUCGGGCCGACGUCGCGCCAACUGGUCGAGCCCGCCUCGGGCCUGCCUGGCGCGCCAAGUCGCCUGCCCAUCGGGCCGACCACGCUUUUUUCAGUGGCCCUCUCCGCACACACCUGGACCCGCCCCCGCCCCCGCCCCCCUCCUACCGGUCUGGCAGGCCCGGGUUAUGCUCCGUGUCGUGUGUAGGGGCUCCGAGCGAGACGGUCAGACAAUCGCCUGUCAGUGGGGCUUUGACGACUUGUGGAGUCUAUCUACACGUGCUGGUAUGCACCAGCGCCUUGUGGCGAGACGACUUCAACCCGUUUGUGCAU